ACACCCAAUAUUGGACCAAAGCAUGACUAUGGGCCUCAACUAUGGAGUGCCAUCCAUCCCAGGACAUUUUUGUCAGAGAAACAACAGCAACAUGGUGCACCAUGUGUCUCUUGGAAGAACAACUGUUUGCAAAUAUCAUCCUUUGUCCUUCAACGAAACCAUACCAGUUCCACAGCAACGGUGCAAAAAUGCAAAAAAACAGCCCUUCGGGUAACCAAGGAAGUCAGGCAUUCACAGGGUAAGAGCAACAGGCCGGUUUCAACAGACAAUCAUAAAGAGAAGCUUGUAGAAACCCCAAGACCGAUCCCCUCUAUUCUGAGAUGGAUAGGUGGGAGGCUACACGUGUUGUGUAAACGACAAACUCCAGGCAUUCAAAGAACAGAGGAUUCAAAGAACCUGCAUUUCCACACAAAUGCUGAAGAGGUGACUGAGGUUUCCGUUCACACCUCUGUGUCAAAAGGAAGCCAGACACCCAACACAAGCUCAGUUCCUGCAUCCCCAAAUGUAGAGACGCCAGAAAUUGCACAUUGUUCCAGCACUUCUUCACCUGAUGUCCUUCAUCUUCUCUUUCUCCAAAACCUGACAAAGGCUCCUCCACAUACUCCAAACACAAGUGUCCUUUGCACACCUGAAAAAGACUAUGGACUCAGGGUAACAUGGAGGCAUAGGAAAACAUUGAUUAAAUUAUUAAUGCUUCUCACAGAGGCAGGAGUUGCGAAUGAGUGGACUUAGGCCAUGAAUUACCAUUUAUAAUGUGUUUUGUAGUGUUUUCUGUUCAAUACUUGGAGAUAAACUGAAAUAAUAGAUGAGUUGAUGAGCGAGUGUCAUGAAUUUAUAUUUGGAAAAUCAUAACGUACAUUUGAGUACAUUUGAGAUAUUUGUAAUGUAUGCUCACUUUAGAACUCAGGGUAACAUUUUUACGAUUUAAUGUGACAUCUCACAGCAAGUUAAAUUUAAUGCAAGCACUUCUGCUGCAAUUCUGCAUGCUGCUGGACAUUGAUGAAUUAUUAUUUACUUAAAAGUGUAAUACAUGCACAUACACCGAUCAGCCACAACAUUAAAACCACCUGCCUAAUAUUGUGUAGGUCCCCCUCGUGCCGCCAAAACAGUGCCAACCCGCAUCUCAGAACAGCAUUCUGAUAUGAUUACUUUAAUGCUGCGUUAAUAUGCUUUUUGGACCUUCAGAGUUCUGGUCACCAUUCACUUCCAUUGUAUGGACCAACAGAGCUGAAAUAUUCUUCUAAAAAUCUUUGUGUUAAGUGGAAGAAAGAAAAUCAUACACAUCUAGAAUGCACAAGGGUGAGUAUGAGAUAAUUUGUAUUUUUGGGUGAAUUAUCCCUUUAAUUACUUGUUUUCGAAAAGGAAGAAACAUGCACUUUGUGAUACAUCGACUUGACAACUUCAGGGUCCACACUGUCUUGGGACAGUCACCUGAGA